AUGACAUUAAAACGUUAUACUAUUAAUUCACCUGACAACACGUUUUCUCGAAAAUAUGACAAAAAUACAAGGAAAAUUGUAGUUGACAACAGAUUUGAACCUAAUAACAAAGUGUCAUACGGUCAACCACAAAUACAAACACAACAACCGGUUUACCAACACACAGUGCAACCAGUUCAGAAGAUUUAUAGCGAAGACAAUAUACAUAGUGAUGGUACGAGAACCACAAUAGCUGAAACUAUAGAUGAAGACAUUUCAUCCAAAUUAGGAAACAUUUUAGCAUCCCCAUAUUCAAUCGCUAUGCUUCUGGCUCUUAAACAGCAGGGUGCGUUUGAAGAAACGCAAAAUGAAAUCACGAAGGUGUUACAGUUAAUUCCAGAAUCUUCAGCGGAAAUGUUUAAGGCUCUUACAAAUGUUGUGCAGAAACGGAAGUCUCACAAUAUUUUGAAGAUUGCAAGUAACGUGAUCUUGGCGGAUACAUUCAGUGUUGAUCCUAAAUUUAAAUCAAUCGCAAUUCAUAGUUUUGAAAGUGAAGUAACUAAUGCGAAUUUCAACAAACCAUUGGUAGUCAAGUAUCACAAAUGA